UCUUUCACAAUCUUCAAUAUCCAAAUUAAACAAGGUCAAUCAUUCCCACUAUUUCUAUUGCAUGGCUGAUUAUCCUUUUAACGUUAUCCCAAGUGACAAUCCUCCCCCAUUAGAAAACCUGUCUCCGAGUGGCGGAUCCGCUUCCUCCAGUGGUGUGCUAUCGCCUCGUAGGCAUCCGAAUUUCAAAGGAAUCCGGAUGAGGAAUGGUAAAUGGGUAUCCGAAAUACGUGAGCCUCGAAAGACUACACGUAUAUGGCUAGGUACUUUUCCAACUGCCGAGAUGGCUGCUGCUGCUUACGACGUUGCAGCUUUGGCAUUAAAAGGCCCUGAUGCCCAAUUAAACUUCCCAGAUUGCGCUAGCUUGUACCCCAUGCCUACUUCUCUAUCAGCCGCAGACAUUUAUGCUGCGGCUGCAAAUGCUGCGGCUGCUAGAGCACCUCGUCCGUCAGAAAGUAGUACUGCUGAUCAGGCGCCUGAUCAGACAGCUGGAAUUUCUGAAGGUACUGUAGCAGCAUCAGCACAAGGGCAAGAGUUUGUGGAUGAAGAGGAGAUUUUCGGAAUGCCCAGAUUGUUGGAUGAUAUGGCAGAGGCAAUGCUUGUUAGCCCGCCGAGGAUGCAUCAAUCAACAUCUUAUGAUGAAUCACCUGAAAACUCUGAUGCAGAUAGUCUCUGGAGUUACCCAUAAAGUAUGAAAGCAACCUCUCCACUCUUCAAAUAUGAGAAAAUUUGCCCCCCCAGCAUGUACAGUCCAGAAAGUAGAAUAACGGAACCACUAUUUAUAACUUAGUGGGUCAUUUGGUUUUUGUUUUGGUUUGUUAUGGUGUUCUUAAGUCCUCGAGAAACAGUUUCAAGAAAGGACGUGCAAUAGGAAUUCAAGAAACUGUUUUGUCUUUUUUCUCAAAAAAAAAAAAAAAAAGAAUAAGGUACUUUUAUUGAAAACAAUGAACUUUGACUUUCUCAAAAAUCAAAAUAAUCUGUUCAAGAAGUCAAAGAAAAUUGUUUUCAGGUUUUGAGUAACUUCU